AGGGAACCGUGUACAUGUCCUCCCCAGAACCGGGUGCAGCCUCUCGACAGCAGCGCGCCGUGUGGUCACCACCUACAACAUCCUCUUUCUCGAGUCAGCAACACCACCACCAUCAUCCAGUUUCGUUCUUGAGUACAGGAUCUGGUGGGUCCGGAUCGGCAAAUGACAGUCCGCUGGCUUCACCUGUCGCGCACUCGAGAGGUCAGUCGUAUUUCCAGGGGUACUCCUCUCCACUGCCACCCAACGCGCAGACACAGGGCUCGUAUGCAUCACAUGGGGCAGGCUAUAUGCGCAAUGGCAGCGAGGGGGUCCCAAGUGUGUAUGUACAGGACGAUCAAGACGAUGGCACGUCGAUCCACUCAUCUGGGGGAGGCCGGGAUAUGAGGGCGCAGCAAGCAAAGCGGCGGCUGCAGAUGCAGAUGCAGAUGCACCAGGAGCUGGAUCAGCAGCACCAGCAGUUGCAGCAGCAACAUCAGAGGCAACAGGAGGAGUAUGCACGACAGUUGAUGUUGAUAGAGCAGCAACAGGCGAGAGACGAGGAGUUGGCGAUGCAACAACAGCAACAACAACAACACCAGCAGAGGUUCUUGCAGAAACAACAGCCCCUGCAGCAUAAUCCAGCGGUGAUGAUGGGAGCGUUAGAUUACCAUAUGGGAGGAACGCCGAGCAAUGUGAGCACCAAGUCGUCGGGAUCGAAGAGCAACGGAAAGAAUUACGCGAGUAGUAUGAUGACCGUGACGACGGAGUCCACUGUGGAGUCACACAAGUCAGGCAGCAGUGGAGGCAAGGCGAUGAGUGUGAAGAGCACGGGAAGUGAAGAGAAGAAGAAGGGGCUGUUGGCAAAGAUGAAGCCGCCAAAGCCCAAAGCUAGUGGUGCGGAUCUAAUGAAGAGCGCAGGGUUCUAGAGAGUAGAACGAGAACAAAUUAAACAAAACGCUUAAUAGACAAGACGUAAG